GUCUGCGCAGCCCCUUCACUUGUCCUUCUACUUGCUACCGACGCUCAUUGACGACCACUAGACGACACACGCGCUACUACAAUCGAUAAUGUCUGCAAACCCCGAACUCUUCCCUACAAUCGGAUCGGUUGUGGAGCAGACCGAAAAGCUUCCAGUGGGGACUCAAACGGUAGAGCUCACUCUUGACGAAGAUCGCCCAGUACAGGAGAUUGAGUCGCUAUGCAUGCGAUGCGAGGAGCAGGGCGUUACGAGAUUACUUCUCACAACGAUUCCCUACUUCCGGGAAAUCAUCGUGAUGUCCUUCCGGUGCGAGCACUGCGGCUUCUCAAAUAAUGAGGUGCAGCCUGCCGGUUCCAUAAGACCGGAGGGUGUGGUGUACACCGUCCGUGUCCUUUCAAGAGACGAUCUCAACCGACAGAUUGUCAAGUCCAACACAUGCACGGUAAUCAUCCCCGAGCUCGACCUCACGAUCCCGCCAGGCCGAGGUCAGCUCACGACGAUCGAAGGCAUCAUCCGUGAUAUCGUCACCGACCUCAGUGCGGACCAGCCUUUGCGUCGCGUGCAGAGCCCUGAAGCAUACGAAAAGAUCGAGAGUAUCUUGAGUCAGUGCAGGGAAAUCGUACCGGACGACAACGAUGGCCAGGACGCGGACGAGAAUGCAGCCGGCCCAAUUUCGACGCCAAAACCUGCCUCGGAAAUUGAUGCUCCGCUGAAGCCGUUCACCAUCCGCUUGGACGACCCAUCCGGUAAUUCAUUCGCUGAGUUUGUUGGGGGCAUGUCAGACCCCAAGUGGAACAUGCGCACCUACCACCGAACGCGGGACCAGAACGUCAUGCUCGGUCUCGUCGCGGAUGACGAGCCGGCCCCAGAGCCGCCGAAGCAGGUGGAAAAGCUAGAAGAUGUCGAGGAGGAACUUGGUGAAGGGGCAGAAGGGCAGAAUGAGGAGAUCUUUAAGUUCCCCGGCACGUGCUCGAGUUGUGGCCAUCCUUCCGAUACCCUGAUCAAGAAGGUCAACAUCCCUUACUUCAAGGACAUCCUGAUCAUGUCGACGAAUUGCGACAAGUGCGGAUACCGCGAUAACGAGGUGAAGUCUGGUGCAGCCAUCUCGCCCCAAGGCAAGCGAAUUACCCUCAAGGUAGAAGACCGCGAGGACUUGAGCCGUGAUAUAUUGAAGAGCGAGACGUGCGGUUUGAGCAUUCCCGAGAUUGAGCUCGUCUUGCAAGCAGGAACUCUGGGUGGUCGUUUCACGACCCUAGAGGGCAUCCUAGAUCAGGUAUACGAGGAGCUCUCGGAGAAGGUGUUUGCUUCAGGGGAUGCGGCCGGCGACGGCAAAGCGUUCGAAACGUUCUUGCAGAAAUUGAAGGCGGUCAAGAACGCCGAGCAUCCGUUCACUUUGAUUCUGGAUGACCCUUUGGCGAACUCCUACCUCCAAAACCUUUACGCUCCCGACCCUGACCCGAACAUGACGAUCGAGUCGUACGACCGCACGUGGGAGCAGAACGAAGAACUUGGUCUCAACGAUAUGAAGGUGGAGGGCUAUGAGGAGGACGCCGGGGAUCCAGAGAUAAAGAAGGGAGACGAGGCGUCCGAAUAAUCAUAAUGUAUUGUAGUAAGCCUGCGUAGGGUGAUGAAGCAAGGGGACUGUACGUUACUAGCCGUUGUAGCAAAUAGAACGCAUCGAUCCGCGUAGAGUGUCCCAGCUGCUAUAUCAUGAGUUGCUGUUUCGACAGUCCCCACAUCCCGCCUCCCGAGCUUGACACUCGUCCGUCCCACCACUGCGUUUUCAAGGCAAGCUGCCGCCCGUGACCAUCCACGACCACCGAUCGCGGCCCCCUGCGGCCACAUCACAUAUCCGAUAUAGAAACGGCGUCGAUCUCAUCGCAAUCGACAUAAAACACCGCACAACUUAUCAACAUUCACGAUCGCAGGACAUUUUUGACCUACGGCGACGCUGACCUACGAGAAUACGCAUUUCGGUUUCCCCGCUUGCGCGGGUCUCGUCCCGAGGACCACGGAGAGGUAUGCACCAGGACCGUUGCGGUCCCUCCCUCGGGAAAAGAGAAAUGGAAACACUCACCUUAGGACCAUCCGGGACGACAGAAAACAGACGGGGCCGCCGAACCCCGCCUGCCUUCCCCUCGCGCUAAGUACCUAAUCUAGAUGGCAUGCAAAUGAACGCGUUCAGCCUGUUCGCGCGAAGAAUCUUGAGAUGAACCUAUGGGUGGACGCGGCCAGCGCGUCCACCCUCAAUCGAUCUUGAGCCUUUAGAAGUACGUGUUGACGAGCUGCUGAAGACGUUCGAGGCGUUGCGCGGGCGUCGGAGGCUUGGCGGCUUGGACGAUCGUCUCGAGGUCCGUUUGCGCGAGCUUCGCUAUAACCUCCGGAGCCCAGCGUACGAACUUCUUGACCGGAACUUGGACCUGAAUCUGCAGCUGCGUGCCGGGCCUCGCGCGCUUGAUGACCGCUGGCUGGGGUCGUUCCGCGCGUCGAGGCUUCUUUAGGAUCCCCUUCGGCUUGCGGGGGACAGCCUCAGCGGGGGCCUUGACCUUGACGUCGACGCUGUUGGCGGUCGCGAGGCUGACGUUCUCCUUGUCUUCGGCAGAGCUUUGCAGUCCGCGCUGGACGGGUGCCGUGAGCUUGACCGGUGUCGCGCCUUUCGUCAAACGUUUCUUCUCGAACCGCAGCGGGAGCCUGGGCCGCGGCCUGUUAAACAUCUUCUCACCCUUCUCCGGCGCCGAAAAUGCCUUGCGUCGAGCUUGAGGCGCGUUCAACUGGGCCCGGAGGCGCUUGAGGAGGUCUUGACCGAUGAGGUUGGGGGACGGGGAGCUGUAGGUGGCCGGGGCGGAGACCGUUCGGCGCGCGACCGUCGCUCUGGGCGGGAAGCCGACACCGAGGGUUGUCGGGUCGGGGUCGGGGUCGGGGUCGGGGUCGGGGUCGGGGUCGGGGUCGGGGUCGGGGUCGAGGUGCGGGCCGGAGUCGGAGUCGAGGGGGCCUCCGGUGUUGCAUCGGCCAUCUCCACGUCUUGCAACUCGGCAGUGUCCGUCACAAUGACGCAAGGAUAACCUGCCUGUCCUGCCACUAUGACGGUACCGAGGAGUUCAACAUUCGUACAGACGACACUGGCCGGAGGCGAGCUUGAGGCGUCGUCCGCCAUCUCCACAUCUCGCAGUUCGACGGUGCCUGCCACAGCGUCCGAAGAAGAGCCACUCCUUGCGGGCGUCGCAGCAGUACCAUUUGGCCGGUCGACGCUCGGACAGAGAACGACGCUAUCGGGGCUUGAAGGUCCGCCGACCAUCUCGACGUUUUGCUCCCCAGCAGCAUCUGAGCAAGUGCGGGAGAGGGAGCCGCCACCCUCACGCACCGACCCAGCACCGCUAGAGCACUCAGCGACGGGACGACCGACUAUUGACGGCGAGGUCGAGGCGGCCUUGACUUUCUUGGCGGGGGUGAAAAUUCUGGGAUCCCGGCGUGUACGGAGGGUCCUGGGGCCUUUGAACCUGUCGCGCUUGCACACUGCGAGGUGUGAAGAAGUGUCAGCGAGCCCAACGUGCGGUCAGUCGACGGCGCUCAGACACUCACGGAUAUUCCGCUGCCACGCCGGCAAUUCGUCGCAGAGUUUCAUUUCCUCGCGGAGCUGCUCGCCUGCGAGCUUGACGUACUCCCGGCCAUUCCACAACCAGAACGGGGUGCCAAGAGCAGACUCGAAUACUUCGGGAGCAAUAUCGCUAGUGAGGUGAGACAUCCUG